UAUUUGUCUCAAUCUGCGUACAGUAUGAUUUAAACAUGUCAUGUGUCCACAAAAGGAUAUUAUCAAAACAACGGAAGUUAAUUGCAUUCAAAGGUAAUUAUUGGUCAAAUUAGUUUAGGCUAAGAUAAUUAGUCCCUCUGUAAAAAUGUGAGUAAGAACAGCACCUGCUACAAAACAAUGAUUAUAAAGUUCAUAGUUACAAUAUAUUUGCUUAACUUACAGAAUUGCAGUAGAUACAUGUGUGACAUGGUUAUGACUUGCAGACUGGCAUUCAUUUUUUUACGUAAGUGUUUUGAACAGCUCGUGUAUUUUUGGGAUAAUUCUGCAAACCUGUUAGUGACUCAAAGACAGUGCCUCAGGUCUAAAGCUGCCUUCACUUCCCUGCCCUGCCAAGCACAAUAAAUAAUGUGGCAGGCUGAGGCCUUUUGUGUCCACACAGAUUCCUUCUUUUGCCCGGGGUAGGCGGAAAUCGAGGCGUUUGAUCUGAAUUCUAAAGAGUCUUGUUGCAGCCCAAUAAAGGCUGCCAUUGUAUGUAAAUAGUUUAUAUAAGAGCAUAUGACUGCUACGGUGCAGGGCACUGGCUAGUGGCGGAGGAAUGAUUAGCAUUUUCCAAACGCAUGGUGUUCUCAGCCAGCCUUCUGGCUUCCUAAAAAACACAAUAUUUUAAUUAAUUUCUUCUUUGUACACAUUUUUGUGUACCACCACAGCAGAAGCUUGAUGCUCAGGCCACACCUCAAGAUGGUCAUCUUUGGACCCGGCGCUGCUUACGCCGCUUGCACCGCUGGCUGAGUCUGACCUGGAGUCGAAAAUGAACUGGGGGACCUUUUAUGCCGUGAUCAGCGGCGUAAACAGGCACUCUACCGGCAUCGGACGCGUUUGGCUCUCCGUCAUCUUCAUCUUCCGUAUCAUGGUCCUGGUGGUUGCUGCUGAGAGCGUUUGGGGAGAUGAGAAGUCCGGCUUCACCUGCAACACCCAGCAGCCCGGCUGCGACAGCGUCUGUUACGACCAGUUCUUCCCCAUCUCGCACAUCCGCCUGUGGGCGCUCCAGCUCAUCCUGGUCUCCACCCCCGCCCUGCUGGUGGCCAUGCAUGUGGCCCACCGACACCACAUCGACAAGAAGAUUCUGAAGAGGACGGGCCGCGGCAGCCCCAAGGAGCUGGAACACAUCAAGAACCAGAAGUUUCAGAUCACCGGAGCUCUUUGGUGGACAUACAUGAUCAGUAUCAUCUUCAGAAUCCUCUUGGAGGUGGCUUUUCUCUACAUCUUCUACUUGCUUUAUCCUGGCUUUAAGAUGGUGCGUUUGGUAAAGUGUGACUCGUACCCAUGCCCCAACACAGUGGACUGUUUUGUCUCCAGGCCGACAGAAAAGACCAUAUUCACCGUGUUCAUGCUGGCAGUGUCUGGGGUGUGUGUGCUGCUGAACCUGGCUGAGGUGGUAUACCUCAUAGGCAGGGCCUGCAAACGGUGCUUACGAGGCUCUGACGAAGAGUCCAAAGUCGCUUGGAUAAGUCAACGAUUGUCUACUUAUAGACAAAAUGAAAUCAAUCAACUGAUAGCAGACCAUUCUCUCAAGUCUAAGUUAAAUGUGACCAAAAAGAGCCCAACUGAGAAGGGUGAAAUGUGUUCUGCUUUCUGAGACUCUGCCUCUCCUGUUCCUGUUAAACUAAUCAACAGUAAUCCCACACGUCCUUGGAGUAUGUUGCUCUGCAUAAAUGUCACAUAUUCUGUAUAUUUCAUCAUUGUCAGCAGACACAUUUAGACUAUUUAUUUAUGCAUCACUCAGUCUACCACUUAUUGAGUCAUCUGUUGUUUCUGUGUUAUUGGUUUUAAGUGUUGCUGUUGGAACUCGUCUAAACUAUUUGGAGCCAGUAGGGAAGGUUGAAGGACCGUAGCAUACCGGUGUUUUAGUCCACUUACUAAAAGUCGGGCAUUGUUGUUGAUUUUAGUGGUUUCAUUUGAAUAGCCAAGGCGCAGAAACCAUGCUUGUGUCAUUGUUGCGUGAUAAUACAGUUCACAAUAUGGAUUUGUUUUUAAAUAUUGCAGAUGUUGGCACGCUGGUUAGAAACCACCAAUUGCUGCCACACAGUUGUAUUUACAAGCUAUGAUGCAUGGUAAGUAUUGUAAGCAAGUAGUAGUAAAGUAAGCAAACACUGAUUUGAAAUAUGAAUAUUUAUUAUUUGUUAUUAUAAAGGUUUCUGUUAGGGAAACAACUCGAUUCUUGGAUGUCAGUUUAUCUCCAGCACAUGAAUCCAUUGUGUGGCAGAUUUGUCACAUUCAGCCACAUUUCAGCUGCUUUGUCACGCAACAAUAGUGUAGCUUUGACACAAAAAAGGAAACGGGCAGCUGUCCAGAAGGCAUGAAAACAUUUUUGGAAUAUGCUUAGUAGUAAUACAAAAGUUUGCAUGAUUUCUGUUAAUUUGGCCAAAAUGUGCAAAAACACUGGUAUGGUCCUUAAAGUUGCAAAGAUUACAGUAGAGAUUAAAAUGCUGGACAGAAAAGGAACUUUUUAUUUACAUCAAACACGUUAAUACGUACCAUAUUUAUUCCAGUCGGAGUUAGAGCUACGUAAUAGAGGAAAAGGGCAUUGAUGUAGUAAAGUAAAUGAGUAAGAGUACAGUAAAUGCCCUUUAAGCCAAGUGGUAUGCUUAGAUUAUAUUAGACAGUCUUAGUUAUUUGACUUUGAUGAACUUUGUACACAAAGCAGUAACUAGUAUGUAUCUUAGCAUACUGCUAUUCCGAUAUUUUAACAUUUGGUGCUAGAAAACCAAAGAAAGUUUUAAAAUAGUCCAGGUACGGACAACUGUCAUUUCAUAUUAUCGUUUCACAAAUGAUUUAAAAAUAAAAUUCAUUUGAAAACAAUUUUCCACAAAUGUAUCUUUACAACUGACCUAUUCAUUACAUAUGUUCACAGAGUAGUCAGAAUGGUGCACAGGGCAAAAGUUUAUUUCAAUAAACCUUAUAAAAUCCCAGUACUGUACUUUAUUUAUUCAAUUGUAAACACUGCCUACUUACUUCAUUGUGGCUUCUGUUUGAGGUGAUCUUUGUUUUCGGUUUGCGAAAAAUGUUUGAGGUUGACCUACUUUGUAACAGAGACAGUUGCACUUGCUUUCCUUAAUAUUGUCCUGUAUGAAAUUAUUCAGUAUCUCUCUGGUCCUGAAAAUGUAAUGUCUCAUACGCUGGUGUCCGUUUAUUCAACUGUUCUUUUAUAAAGUUAUACACAUUGUAGUGCAUUCAAAAACCCUGUUGUUGACAUUUAUUCUGUACAUACAGUAUAUGAAUUUACACACGGGUAAACAAUCCGUUUAAUAAAUAAUAUGGGUUGAAACAAUAUGUGUUCUUUAUGUAAUAUAAAGAAAUAAACUACCUGA